GGGUCCCGAAGGGAAGGUGGACCACUCUGCGUCCUCCGAUCCUGGAUCCACACCUCAUUUUGGAGAGUGCAGGGCCUGAAUAAGGAUGUAAUAACAACCAAAUAACCCCACUGAUGGGGUGUCUGCUGUGCCCAGCCUGGCGCCAAGCUCUUUCAACGCGUGCGAUGUCAUGUAACCCGCCAGCAGCCCGCACGGUAGAUACUACCCUUGUCCCUGUUUUACCGGUAAGAACGUGGGUGCACACAGCUAGGAUGUGACUAAACCAGGACUCGAACCAGGACUGCCGCCUGCCAGAGCUCUCAUCUCAUAGGCAAUUAAGGAUUUGGGCCCAGUUUACAAAGGAGAGAAUAGAAAGGGUUAAGCUUCUAAAGCGACAGCAAGAUCGGUUGUGCUUUUCAGCAUUUUGCUGGGCCCCAGGGUGGAUGGGUGGGGAGUAAGCACAAGGACCAAAGGAAAGAACCCAUGUCCCUCCCUGAGCUGACACUGGUCUAAUCAGGAGGCGCUGCCAUCAGAUUCCAGUCCCUGGUGAGCAGGGGGCUCCAUGGCGGCUGUGACAAGUUCCAUUCGCCUUGGAGGUGGCAGCCGGAGCUAUUUUUAGAGCAGCACGUGGUGGGGGAGUUUCCUUUUGGCCUUGUCUGGGGACUGGAGUCUUGGGAAGGGGAAGUCCCGUGUGGAGACAGGGGCCCUUCUUCCUGCACCCGCCCCAGCCCAGAGAGGCCACCCAGCUCCCUGGAGGUCCCGGCACCUCACGUCCGCCCUCAACCCAGAGCUGAGCAGACCUUCCCUGGAGCUUCUCAGGAGCCACUUCAAAAGUCUGUGCCCUCGCGAGGCUGGCAUGCAGGAUGGCAGGACAGCCCGGCCACAUGCCCCACGGAGGGAGUUCCAACAGCCUGUGCCACACCCUGGGGCCUGCACACCCUCCUGACCCACAGAGACACCCCAACACCCUGUCUUUUCGCUGCUCACUGGCGGACUUCCAGAUCGAAAAGAAGAUAGGCCGAGGACAGUUCAGCGAGGUGUACAAGGCCACCUGCCUGCUGGACAGGAAGACGGUGGCUCUGAAGAAGGUGCAGAUCUUUGAGAUGAUGGACGCCAAGGCAAGGCAGGACUGCGUCAAGGAGAUUGGCCUGCUGAAGCAACUGAACCACCCAAAUAUCAUCAAGUAUUUGGACUCGUUUAUUGAAGACAACGAGCUGAACAUCGUGCUGGAGUUGGCCGAUGCAGGGGAUCUCUCGCAGAUGAUCAAGUACUUUAAGAAGCAGAAGCGGCUCAUCCCGGAGAGGACGGUGUGGAAGUAUUUUGUGCAGCUGUGCAGCGCCGUGGAGCACAUGCACUCACGCCGGGUGAUGCACCGAGACAUCAAGCCUGCCAACGUGUUCAUCACAGCCACGGGUGUUGUGAAGCUUGGUGACCUUGGUCUGGGCCGCUUCUUCAGCUCUGAGACCACCGCAGCCCACUCCCUAGUGGGGACACCCUACUACAUGUCGCCAGAGAGGAUCCAUGAGAAUGGCUACAACUUCAAGUCCGACAUCUGGUCCCUGGGCUGUCUGCUGUAUGAGAUGGCAGCCCUCCAGAGCCCCUUCUAUGGAGAUAAGAUGAAUCUCUUCUCCCUGUGCCAGAAGAUCGAGCAGUGUGACUACCCGCCUCUCCCCGGGGAGCACUACUCCGAGAAGUUACGAGAACUGGUCAGCAUGUGCAUCUACCCUGACCCCGACCAGAGACCUGACAUCGGAUACGUGCACCAGGUGGCCAAGCAGAUGCACGUCUGGAUGUCCAGCACCUGAGCGUGGAUGCACCGUGCCUUACCACUUUGCCUUACCUGAGUCAUCUUCUCUUCAAGUGGCCACCUGGUAGCCUAGAACAGCUAAGGUUCAGCAGGUUCCCCAAAAGGCUGCCCAGCCUUACAGCAGAUGCUGAAGGCAGAGCAGCUGAGGGAGGCGCGCUGGCCACACAUCACUGAUGGUCAAAUUCCAAAGUCCUUUCUUUCUUCUGUCGUGGACAAUCGCAGCUGGGUUAACAGGGGCAGUGGUUCAGUGAGCCACGGCAGCCCUGGAUCUGGAUUGUACUGUGAAUCUUUCGGGUAAUUCCUCCAGUGACCUGUCAAGGUUGAUGCUAACAGGAGACUUGCAGGAGACCGUGUGAUUUGUGUAGUGAGCCUUUGAAAAUGGUUAGUACCAAGUUCAGUUUAGCUCUUAGUAUCUUUUCAAACAAUCAGGCUGUGUGCUUAAUUUACUCUGUUGUAAAGGGAUAAAGUAGAAAUCUUUUUUUUUCCGUGGAGUGGAGAUUCUGUUAUUUUUAUCUACGUUUUAUGGCUUGGUGAGUGACGAUGCGAAGAGCCCUGCAUCUGGCCGGAGCGUCACAUGGCAAAUGGCAUCGAGAAGCAAGAGCAUUUUCCUGGCAGCCAGGCUGGGCCAUCUCCUCCUGGAUACUGCUGUGUACCAGGCACUUUGUCACCUCCCUGAAUGCUGGCCCAGCAUUUCAUGAUCAGUGUUAUGCAUUUUCCUCCACGGGAAGGAAGCAUGGAUAGAGAAAACCUAAGGGCUGUCCUUGACAAAUUCUGGUUCUGCAACUUCCUAGUGUGACUAGGCUUGGGCAAGUUUCUUGGCCGUUCUGAGCCUCAGUGUCCUCAUCUGUACAAUGAGAUUAACGGUAUCUAUCUAUCUACCUUCGGGGUUGCUGACAGAAUUUGAAAGAAAAUAUGCACGUUAGCUAGCACAAAGUAAAUGAUCCAAAAACGGCGGCCACUCACCCCUCACAAUGAAGUCCACGGACCACGGAACCAAGAAUUCAAGUCCACCUGUGUCAUGUGUAGGAAACCAGAAAUGUGUUCCUUAUUUCUUGUUCCCAAACAGGAUUAACUGUGAAGACUAAUUUAUAAAUGUGAACCUAAGAAAACUCGAGCUCUGAAGGAAAUCAUUUGAAUUUUGUUUUUGUACACAAAGCUAACCUUCCAGUGGUCUGAGCUGUUGUCACUGACCUGAUGACAGUCUGGCCCUCCAGACGAGCAGUGCUGGCAUCGUGCAGGUGACUCCUGACACCUGCUGCCUGCAGGCGUUUGCUGACCAGGCCUUUCCUGAAGGAAACACCCAGGGCCAGGCGGCUGCUGUUUCCACGCAUGGACUCAGUUCUGCUGUAACACUGUCGGUCUGACCGUCUCUCCACAUGCAGCCUUUCCUCUGUACUUGUUCUCCAUCGUUGAAAUAAAACAGGGUGACUGGGAGUUACUUAUAACUCGUGAAUGAUUUUAAAA